UAGCGUCUGCUUGACCUGUACACACAUAUUUUAAUCUUUGGUAAAUUUAUAGUAUAUUUUAACAUCCUAGUUUUAUUGGAAUUUCCAAUAUAUUUUAUUCACAUUUCAAUCAAAGAGAGAAAGCCUCAAGAUGACGUCGAUUGUUGAGGCUCCCAGGCUGAAUAAGGAUGAGCCACUUCCGGCUUGGAUGAAGAUCGACUGGUCGCCAGAGGUGCUCCAUGACAUAUACAGGGAUUGGGGUAUCUACUACUCCCGGCGCCGCCGGGAGAACUUUGCGAUGCACUAUCUGAACAAGGCGCUCGAUCUGGAGCCUUUGGACCACAUGACUCUUUACCAACGAUGCCAGACCAAGCGCAAGGCGGCUCAGAUGCUGGGAGCCCUGUCCGACAGUCGAGAAGCAGCAAAACUGGCCAAGAGGGUCACUGGAGAACCCAAUGCCCUUAUAAACCUGGACAUUUGCGAUGUUCUUUAUGAGCUAAAUCAGUUUGAAAACAGCAAGGCUGAAAUGCACAAUAAUGUUCGCGUUUUCUCGGGAAAUAAGCGCAAAAACUUUGACCAGCGUUUGCUAGUGGUCGACGAGGUGAUCAAAGAUGUGACUGGCGAGGCCAUGACUAACUUUUUCUCCAAAAACACAAAAACCGUCAAUAUAGUCAACGAUCUAAUGAAGGAGAAGCAAAAGAUUGACACCCGUCCCCUGUGGAAGGUCCUCAAGGAGCAGGGCAAGUGCGAUGUUCAGAGUAUUCCCGAAAUUGAGGAGGUGCAGCUGUCGCCCAUGGAGAUCGCCCGUCGCAAGCGGGCCUUCAACAUUUUCCAUCAGUCCUACAUUAAUGACUCCUGGGUCGAUGUGCUCUUCAUGAAGAUGCUAUGCAAAAAUCCAACCCUAUUGCUGCCCCAGUGCAAGGAGUCUACGUAUAUUCUGUAUCAGAUCAGCAGAAAACAGUACGAAAUAGUUCGCAAGUUUAUGAAAAUGUUGCAGUCCCGCAGUCCGCUGUACCUGGUUAAUUUCCUUAAGUACCGCAACAAGGCCAUGUCGGACAGGUAUCGCGAGGCUUACCUGUUCCGUGUCCAAUACCAGACUCAUCGCAACAUGAACAAGGUCCUCAAGCAGAUUCGCGUUCUGCGCAGACACCGACGGGUUAAGCAACUGACCAAGUUCGUUGAGGAGGUAAUGGGCGAUUAUGUGGUAUUGAAGACUUCGCGUGUCAUGUGCUGGAAAUUCGAGUUCCUCAACGAGGUUUACAAUACCCUAGCCCUGGCUUUGUCUGAGCAGCUUAGAGUUCCCAAAAACCUUGUCCUGGGUACCUCGGCCAUUCUCACCCUUCUCCGCUUGCCAAAGGAUAAGGUCAAGGACUUUGUGUCCCUGGUCUUUGGAGAUCGCUCUACCCAUCCAGACCCCGAUCAUACCGAUCCAAAAGCUGCCCGUGCCAAGAAACUUACUGCCCGUUUGGAGCACCGUAUGAUUUUUGCCAAGUAUUCUAUUGAAAAGUGCUAUCUUCUCCACCAAAUAUCCCAAUCACAUUUGGACCAAGGACGUCAUUCCGAGUGCGUCUUCAAUGCUCGCAAGGCUAUUAAGGAGAGCAAAAACUGCAACAGCAAUCUAUGGAAAUUCCUUAGCAUUAUACAAAUCGUUAAGGCCAAUGCGGUUUUGCACAAACUGGAGCAGACCAAAGAAGCUUUAGAGGAAGCUCUGCCCCUGGCUCGCGAACUGGAUUCCCCGGAACUGGUCCACUUCACCGAGGCCUGCAUGAGUUGCAACAACGAGGAUGCGAUCACCAAACGUGCCACCUUGAUGCAGUCUCGCAGGGAAAGCCGAACCGAAUCCUUGGCUCAUUCUUUGGGCAGUCGAGAGGGUGAUACAGAAUCAAAGAGCAAAGGAUCCCAGGAAAAGCUUGCCUAGAAGCAAGUUGUAGUUUUUAUUUAUUGUUUUAAUGUUUUGUUUCUAGCACUUUGGAGUAGCUUUACACUCGAAAAUAAAUACAAAAAAACCCCAAAAA